CUGGAUGUAGCCUCGUAGAUUCGUGAUUUCAUGUGCCUUUGUUCAUAAGAAGUCGUACAAUACUGGAGGUUCUGCUAUUUCUGUCUCCUGGAACGUUUUCACGUGUGCUACUUAGUAUGCCUCAGACGAAGAUGUUGCAUGAGGACGUCGAUUGGAACGCCUUUGUUCAGCAACCUGAUAAUAAAACAGAAGGCAGAUUCACGGAGGCUACAAAGCGUCGCAUUCUCCAUGUGAAGCUGAAUUUCCAAAAGUAUUGUCCUUUCUCUUUAUGCGAAUGUCUUUGCUGAUUCGGUGUCCAUUCCAGAUUCUCAUCCAAAUUAAACCUGCCAAAAUAUGAACACUGGAUCAAAAAUAUCACACUGAGGCUAAUCGAAGGUUUCCUGCACUGGUAUCUCAAUGAGCACAAUAUGAAGUAUCAGUCUGGAUUCUUGGUCUUCGCCUGAUACUUCCGGAUCUUCUGGUGCGAAGAGAUGGACAGCCUCUUCCCUUACGACCUCAGACGCAGGAUAACAAGGCUGGUAUGCACCACUCUUACUGACGAGUAUGAACUUGAUAUGGGAGCAAAGACGCAGCCGCCUAUCAAUAUUGACGACCUCCUGUACAAGACGUACCACAUCAUGGCAUUGACUAUCAUGCAUUUUGCGACUGUUCGGUGUCAGAAUCAACACAGUUGCCUUAGGAAGAUGAUGUCAUCAACAUCUGCACGGCCUAGGACUUUGGUUGAGUCUGUGGGAUACAUGAGGAGCCGCGACUCCUUAAAAUGGAAGGAUAUUGAGCUUUACAUGGUGAAGCACCUGGAGAACCCAGCAUGUCAGACACUUCUUAUGAGGGUUACGCAUUGGCUUAACAAAGGCAAAAGGAAUAAGGGUGUCGUCCCAGUCUUCACUUAUACUGAAAGAAAUGACAACCUUGGCCUAUGUGUCAUUCAAGACAUAUUGGAAUUUGCCUUUCGCGAUGAUGCAUUUGCUAGCGAAUAUAUUAAAGAGCUGAGGGAUGUCUGGUGGUACACCCACGUGCCAAACCACCGACUCAGCACUCCUAUUCAUUUCAAGGAGGAAGUCCAAGAGAUCCCAGUAUUUCAUCAUGCAGUGAAGGAUGCAGAAGGGUGGUGGAUCACUCAUCCAACAAGUGCCUUGCCGUAUAAAAAGCUCCAGGAAGAUGAAGUCACGACAAGCAGGGAAGAUGGAUCCAAGGUCCCAGGUUCUUUGUAUAAAUAUCGCAAAGGGGCUGCUGAAAACCUUAGGCACUUAGAUGAACACUCCAGGAAUGUUAUCAUGGGCCACAGCUGGAGUCACACAUUUGCAUACUAUGUUCAGGUCCAGGACAAUACCCAAUCCACCUUUAUAGGUACCCCAACCAGAGAUGCUUUGAUAAAGCUCGCAACGAAUUCGAGUUUGACCCAAGAUGCAUCUCGCACACGUGAUCAACUCCAGCGUGAUCUGAUCGCACAAUACCAUCAGCUGCACAAGGCUCGAGGGACCACCCUGUAUUCUGAAUUUGAAAGGGCCCAGAGACAGGUGAGAGUGAAAAGGAAGAAGUUGCAUAAAACGGCCAAAGAUGAGCAGCAUGACAAUUUCUUCAAGCAUGUCAGAAACCACAUUGUUGAGGGAAAUUACAAGGGGCAACCCCUUACCUUUGAGCCCGACAUAUCGCAUGUUGUUCCGGAGAGAAAAGCCCUUGCUGACCUUGAGUUCAAGAAUCAGGAUGUCGAUAAGAUCAGCGACGCAGAGCUACUUGAGGAUCGUAUCCGAUCUCUUGAGAUGCGACUGGCUCUCUAUCACCUGGAGGUACCGAAAACCCUGCAGAAUCGCAUCAACUUUCGUGAACCUUCACCUGAAGUGCCCAGCUGUCCGGAAGUAUUGGAUAAUCUUCUGCUUGAGAGCAAAAGUGGACUUGAAUGCCCCGUAUGCCUUGGUCGUCCUGGUAUGCAUUCACGCGCAAGACGGUACAUCUAUGCCCGGAAAGAUACGCUGCAGAGGCACUUCGAGACGCAUAACUUGAAACAGAAGUUCCCAAAAGGACGGACGUGUGAUUAUCCUGGAUGCGAGGAGGUCUCCUACACUCUCUCCAGGUACAAGCUUCAUCUGGAUAUGGUACACAAGAUUUCUCUAUGA